UCACUAUUUAAGUUCGUUUUUAAGCUGACGUAGUUAAAGAGCUACUGCUUCUAAGUAGCUGCUGUCACAACUAGAAAACAGGAGGGAGCCACGACAAGAUAGCUGUGCCAAAAAUGCCGUUGAUAGUAACAGACUACUCCUGGACACAGACAGACUCGACGGUUUGCAUAAGUGUGCCUUUAAAAGGAGGGAAAGUUGAGAAAGUGAACAUCCUGUCUACAGACGAAUACCUUAAGGUGCAUUACCCACCAUAUCUGUUUGAAGCCUUCCUGUUUGAACUUGUUGAUGAUGACAGAAGCACAGCAAAGGUUGGAAAUGGCAUUGCGGUCAUCAGUUUGCAAAAGAGAACCAAUAAAGUGUGGAAGCAUCUGAUGAUGACUACAAAUGAUAAAGAAAAAAAGAAGGUCAGAGAAAGGGCUCUGUUAAAAUACCAGGAAAAACUUUCUUCAGAGUCCAGAUCCAAGGCGGAGAAACAGCAUGCAGAGAAAAAAUAUGCACUGGAGACAAUGAUGAAGCUUGAAAAGGAGGAAAGAGACAGUAUCCUGAAAAUUAAGCACAAUGAACGAGAGAAAACCACUGCAGAGAUGGCAGCAUGGCAACUGAGACGGAAACAAAAAGUAGAGGAAGAAGCCCAACUAAAGCUCCAAAGUCAGAGAGACAAUCAAGACAUACUGAAAACCAUGACAGAGGAGCAGGAAAAUGGAUGUUCAGAGGGAGGAAUGGUCAAACUGGAUCAAAGAGGCAACAGUGACGCAAAGAGCAAGAGAAAACAAGCACAGCUGCCUGCUCCAAGACUCGUUGGAAACAUUCAAGUCACAUUUACCCCACGAGUUUUCCCAACAGCCCUUAGGGAAUCAAGAGUGCCAGAGGAGGAAGAGUGGCUCAAAAAACAAGCUGAAGGCAGGCGUGCAGUAAAUGCAGAUGUUGAAGAGCUGAAGGACCUGAGGGAGGAGGAGAGGAACCCGGACUGGUUGAAGGACAAAGGAGACAAAUGUUUUGCUACUGGGGACUACCUGGGUGCAGUGAAUGCCUACAACCUGGCAAUCAGGCUCAACAGACAGAUCCCAGCUCUGUAUUCAAACAGGGCUGCUUGUCAUCUGAAGUUAAACAAUGUUCACAAGGCCAUUGAGGAUUCGUCUCAGGCACUUGCUCUGUUGACUCCACCAGUUGUUGUUAAUGCAGCAGCAAGAGCCAGAGCCAAUGUCCGCCGAGGAUCUGCUUUCUGCCAGCUACAGCUCUAUGCAGAAGGGCUACAAGACUACCAAGCUGCUCUGAAGAUUGACCCUUGCAAUGAAGCGCUGCAGGCAGACAUACAGAAAAUCAAAGACAUUAUUCAAGGCACUGGACCUAACCCUGAGACCCAGUGAAACGCAGAAUAUGUACUGUACAUAUUAUAUAUGAGGCUGUUUAUUGUUUGAGUGUUUUGUCUGUUACCCAAUGGUUAAUUAAAUGAGAACAGAGAACCAAAGGCUGCUGCAGAUCUCAAAUCAUGAAGUCAAAUACUUUGUAUAAAGCCUUUGAAGCUUCAAGGUGUUACCUGCUGACUUAUUUGAAGUUGGAAAAGGUAUGUCAGCUACAGACCUGAAAGAUUAAGAAAAUGUGUCAGUGUGUUUUGAUGAAUAUGAAUAUGAUGUAGAGUGAUGCAAUACGCCCUUGUGUGGUCUAAUGGUGCCCCUAUUAAAAUGAAAUGCAAAUAAUAGAAGUUUCUCACUAUAAAAAUUAAUUGAAUUAAUUAUUUUCAAUAAAUGUUCACAUUGCAGGUUUUUCAGUAUGAGUAUGUAAGUUUACACUGACUCACAGUUAAUACAAUAAAAGUGUUCAAGCAGUUACUUUAAGUGUUGCUUAAAAUGAGCUCCACCUCGAGCAGCUACUACACUGAGUCCGUAGGGACUUGGCUUGCUGACCAGGGGUCAAAGAUUCAUGUCCCAAAACGGAGUGUGGACUGGUACCUGGAGAUGUGCCAGCUGAGCAAGGCACCUGACCCCCACACUGCUCCCCGGGCGCUGUAUACAUAAUAGCUGCCCAAUACAGUCUAAACUUCACUCCCUGUGCUGUGCUGUG